AUGUUUUGCCAUCAUGGGAAAUGUCAAUCGUAUGUUAAUACCCAAGAAAGACAUUGGUGCCAAUGUGAUAAUGGCUGGACUAGUGACGAUUGUACUCAAUCAACAGUUGCAUCAGCACCUUUGUGUGUUUUAGGACGCACAGGUCCCGAUUGUCAAAUUGAAUAUGAUACAUGUAAAAAUGUUUAUUGUCAAAAUAAUGGUACAUGCGUAUCGAUUGAUAUGCAAACACUUCAAUACGCAUGUAUUUGUGAGAAAAAGUUUUUCGGUAAUCUAUGUCAAUAUCAAAAUGCUCAACUUAUUCUUCGUACAACGAAUGAAAUAUCAUUUAUUUCUAUUCUGAUUAUUCAUAUGCUUCAUACAUUAAAUACAAAUCCGGGUUUACUUUCGCAUCGUAAUAUAUAUUUUUUCAGAAAUAUUCAUCCGAAUACAAAAUUAAUUAUUUAUGAUGAACAACAAGAAUUUCUUGCACCUAUCAUACUCAUAGAGAUGUAUGUUACAGGUACAUUUGAUCCGUUCUAUUAUCUUUUAUCAUUUAUUGUUAAUAAUCGAACAAUAACAACAACAAUGAUGUUAAGAUCAUCUUGUCGAUGUGCAAACAUUCGUGAAUUAAUGAAUUCAACAAUAAACAAUUAUAGUUUAUUGAAACAGAAAAAAUUCUAUCAUCAUCUACCUUUACAAGGUUUAAAAUGUUUCUAUGAUUCAGUCUAUAUUUGUUUAGUUGAUCGAUAUCAAAUGAUUGAUUGUCUUAAUUUUAAUUAUCAUGCAAUGGAUUGUACCGAACGUAAUUAUUGUCUAAAUAAUGGCCGAUGUUUACAGGGGCGACAAACUGGUCAAUUUAUUUUCGCUUGA